CCGAUGUUUCUCUAAUGGAACUUAGUUUAUAAUUAUAAAAAAAAACCGGUCUGGGGACCCUUGAUUUAUGUUAUGUACACGUGUACUGGUCACUCUGUGAAAUCUGUACUGCACUGUGUGCUUAGAAAAUGGAAGCUGUUUGGCGUUACUUUAAGGUUCAGUUGCCUGGCUACUUGAAAUCCAUUCCCCUUCCCAAAUCGCUCGCUGGUUUCAGUGCUCUAAAUCGAGCAGAGUGGCUGGAGCUAUUGCCAUUCUUUGUUUUUCUUCUGAUACUUCUCUACCUUAUCUUCUCUCCCUUCCUCAACUUUGUGUCUCGUCCCAAGCAGCCACGUCCGAAAAUCAACAAGAAAAUAAGAAAGGAUGAACCUAAGGUAGCGGACAAGUUUGACAUUGAGGAUCUCGGGGAUAAGGUAUCCUUGUGUCGUUGCUGGAAGUCUGCCAAGUUUCCGUAUUGUGACGGUGCACACAAAAAUCACAACAAGGAGACUGGGGACAACGUUGGCCCUGCGGUGCUCUGCAGAAAUAAGAAAUAACCAUGAUGACUUUUAUUGAGAGGGGGAAUCCCAGUGCUGUGAUCUUUUAUUGAUUCUUAUAAUUGUGUCCUUUUAAAUUGA